AUGUCGUCAGUCUCGCUUGUCCCUCGAGUGGAGCAGGACAUUAAGGCGAGCAUGGAUAGCCUGCAGCUGAACUUCGGUUUGGACGCCAAGGUGGUCGCAGAAGUGCUCGGCACUGGGAUCCGCCACCUCGAGGAGUUUCGCUUUUAUUCGAGAACGAGGGCGUGGAAGGCAACAUGCACAUACUACACCCAGGCGGAGCAAGACCGCUCUAAGGUUGCCUUGGCCGACCUCGACUCGAUGUUGGCGGACUCCGAACUUCGCACGCUGAAGGAAGCCUUUUGGAUUCGCUACAAGUUGCGCUUUCCUGCCGAAGUGCAACCCUCCGACGCAACAGUCUCCCGCAUCUCUCGGGAACUUUCCAAAAGGAUGCUUUGUAUAUAUGACGUAUGGCGAGUGCGAUCCCUACAAUUCCAGUUAGGCACCUCACAAAAGCGGCGCAAGCUGGCUGAUGGCCUCUAUACCGACGAGCCCGAAGUCGACGAGGUCGUCGCUCGGGAUGUGGACACAUAUCUUCACAAGCUCCACACGCUUAUGAUCGCAUACGCGCUCAACGGGGUGCAGGUGAUCGCGGGAGUGGACCCGGCGGGAGAGAAAGCGCUGGGCGCCAACUCUUGCCAUUUCGUCGAGGCCGCCAUGCAAGUCGCUCCCGCGCAGCGGCUGAGCUGGCUUCAGCAUCGUGAUGCCGAGGAGCGAGCUGAGUGGGUCUCGCGGUUCCGGGAGGGGACCCGGACGCUCGGAGCAGUUAUUAAAGAGGUUAUGGAAGCACGUGACGCCCACUGGUUGGCGCCAGCGCUGCCGGAGGGAGUGCCAGUCGCUCCGAAGCCCCAGCCAGUGACCGCUGAGCCAACCAAGUCCUUGUUCGUCCCGGGACCCAUGGUGGGAGGCAAGCCCACAGCUCGUGUGAUGAAAGAUGGAACCAAGCUUUGCGGUGACUACCAGAAAGGGUCCUGCAAGCACGCACCUCCGUGCCCGAAUGGGGCCCAUCGCUGCGCCGUGGUUCUCCGGGCCGAGCGCGUCUGUGGUGCGCCCAACCAUGGGGCGGCGAAGUGCAAGGCCAAGGCGAAAGCGAGGAGGGAGUUGACCCCUUGCCUGGUGAUGCUUCACCGCGAAGACAUCAUUCUGAGCCGUGCUUUUCAGUGCUGCGGUUGGAAAGUCUUGGCCGCCGAUCGCUUGACCCAAGAGGCCGAUUGCAUUUGGACGGGGCUGGCCGCGCCUCCGCCUAUCUCGCCGGACUCCUUCGAGCAGCUGUUGCAAGGCUGCAUACUAGGCUCCUUCGACAUAACGUGGCCGAGAUCCAGCAAUGGCCUUCGGUUCGGUGCCACCACCGCCACCCGCCUCAGGGGAGUGACCCCUGGGGGGAGGGGUCGCGAGGGUCUCCGCCCGUUCCCAUUCGCCUUUUCCGUCGCAGUCUCCCUGAGCUGGUGGGCUGCUAGGUGUGGCCGCGCGAAGCUCCGGGUCCAUCGAUGGCCGUUGGUGGAGCCGGUGGGUCGGCGCGAGCAUUGGGUGGACGUUGACCCCCGAUCGCGCGCCGACUGGGCAGUGGAGCCUAUGGCUGUAUUCCUGGGCCUGCGCCCACACGAUCCGGGAAUGGACCGCCUGGUCCCGCUUGGGCGAUCCGUGGGCGAGGUCGAGUUACACGACCGGUCCUUGCCGCCAGGGCAUGUGUACGUGGGGCGCGGGCACCAUUCACACAGGCUGCCAGUUACCAAAUGGUGUUCCCCGUACACUCCAGGGCACGACUGCUCCCCGUCCGAGUGGAUGCAUCUCUUUGUCGAGCACAUCAUUUGCAAUUUCUGGACUUCUCUCCCCGACUUGCAGGGCGUGACCCUUGUCUGCGAUUGCCCCUUGGGCUCAUUGUGUGAAAGGGAUGUCCUGGCAGGCCUGGUGUGGUACCAAUUGGCCUCGAGCCGGAGUGGAGGCAGCUGGCAGGGUAUGCCAGCCCCGGCAUGGAGUGCCGCGUGGGCCGCCUUCACACAGAUACCAGCCUCGGUCGCCCAUGUCAUUCCCUACUCCCCGCAGGAGUCCGUCAUCACGGCUUUCCGCAGCCUGUUCCCUUCCUCGGCCUUCCGUGGCUUCGUCUUUCCUUUCAUCGAGGACCUGGUGAACAGUCCUCCUUUCACUCUUUUCCCCCAGUGGUUGCGGGAACAAGGGCUUCGCUGGGAUGGCGCGUUGGGCCCUUUUCUUUCUGACCCAGCCUGCAGGUUGAUGCAGCGCACAGCGGAGGGUCAGCAAGCGGGGGCGCUUUCGGGGAGGGCGGCGCUUCCCCCCCUCCUCCCCUUCGGCCUGUCCCCGGAUGAGCAUUUCCGGCAGGCUUUGGCUAGGGGGGACGACCCCUUGCCUACAGAACACCCUCCGGUCUUGGACCAAGACCUCCACUUUGCGGCAGCGAUGACUGUCGGGUCUCUUCUUCGCGAGUUGAGGCGCGAGUGUGUCGGCCCGCUUCGGGAGUUGAAGCGCCGUUGGAGCCAUGUGGGGGACCACCUGCGUAAGCUCCAGACUCCGGCGGUCCGGCAGGUCACGGCCCAGCGGGACCUGGGCUUGCUCAGUCUCUUUGUUGUUCUGUUGUCUUGGCCGGAUACCACUCUCCCUUCACACCUUUUGUUCGGCAUGCCCGCGGUCGGUACCUCUCUCCCCUGCGGAGUCUUCCCGCAGCAGGGCUUCGACACAAUUCCACUCCAUCGUCUUUUCGAGAACGUGGAAUCCCACAACAAAGCUGUCCAAGGAUCGAUUCGGCCAGGCCCGCACGAUGACUUUUUGCUGGAGCAAUCUACCAAGGACUUCGAAGCGGGGUUUUGUUCGGCACCGUUGUCCUGGUCGGAGCUUCUUCGCCACACCAAGGGCAAACCGAUUCGUUUGAUACCGAGGUGCGUGAUUUCUCAGGCUUCCGGGAAGCAGAGGGUGAUCGACAACGCGGACCAUGGAGGCCAGAGCGAGUUGAGCUCUGACUCUAACAAGUUGGUCUUGUGCUCAGCCCUCCGCCCGGCCCAGCAUGUUUCCUUGGCAAUGCGAUGCGCCAGCCCGGCGGUCGCCCGCCGCCUGCUGGAGGAAGACCAGUGGGAAGGCGGCGGCGAAGACUGGCCGGACGCCUAUCGCCAUUGCCCUAUGGACGAGGACCAGUCCAGGGCCUGCGUGGUGGUAUGGUACCAUAAGGAUUGGACCCAGCCGGCGUACCAGGUAUAUUCCGGCCUCCUCUUUGGGCUCCCUUUGGCAGUGACCAGCUUCAAUCGGCUCAGCCGCUUCUCCGAGGCGGUUGGCCGUAGGCUUGUUUGUGUCCUGGUCUCAAUGUAUUUCGACGACGCGCACCUUACCGACCCCGCUUCUGCGAAGGGCUCAGCCCAGUUCGCCUUCUCCGAGGUCAACAAACUUUUGGGCUCCCCCUUCGCGGAGGCGAAGCGACAACCGAUGAGCACAGUCGGCGACUUUCUCGGGCUGGAGUGGGACUUCCGCGACGUGGGGUGUCACCACGUCGUUAGGUUCUGGGUCCGGUCCAGGCUCCAAGCCAAGGUCGAGGCCCUUUUGUCGCAGGCUGAGCAGGAUAACUCCCUACCCCCAGGCUUGGCGUCGAAGCUGUAUGGCAUGCUCAAUUUUCUCGAACAGGGGGUGUAUGGCCGGAUUGGCACAGGGGGCAUCGGCGCCCUCAAGGAACGCCAGUACGAGGCAGCUCGGGAGUUGACCCCAGCGAUUCGCUCAUCAUUCGAGUUUAUCCGAGCCAUCUUGACACUGCGACCGCGUCGGUCCGUGGAGGUGCUUCCCUCCCCCUGUGCCCGAUUCGUCGCAGCUAGCGAUGCCGCGGAGGACGAACCGCGCAAGGGCACGGGCGGUUUCCUGUUGCUCUGGCCGGGCAGCGAGCCCGGCCGCGAAGCCUUCGUGGCACAGGUCGAUCGGCACACAUAUGAUGCCUUUCUCCCGGGGGAGGUUAAAAUCGCGCAGCUCGAGCUUUCAAUGGUCCUCUUCGCCCUUACAGCCCGGGCUUCUACUUUUCGUUCUCGUCGUGGCACCUGGUACAUUGACAACGUAGCCGCGCUUAUGGCUCUUAUUCGAGGGCGUUCCGAUUCUCCCGACCUCGAGCGGCUGGCACACCUCAUUCAUGUGGCCCUCUUCUCUCUUCAAGUUUGGGUAUACUGGGAGUGGGUACCCAGUAAGUCCAACUGGUCCGACUCGAUCAGUCGAUUGGGUGCGUCGGACCCGUGGGCUGCUUCUCGCGGCUUCUGCCUCCACCACGCUCUUUUUCCUACCGAGGUGUGGUCUCUGCCUCUGGUGCCGGCCAUGCUGGUGUUUCAGAGCAAUGUCGUCUCCUAUGUUACGGAAGCCAACGAGCUCUUGGAGGUCCGAGCUGGAGUUCCCUACCAGGAGCUGGUGCUGCAUGCUUCCAGCAACCUGGCCACAAACGCUUCCGAGAUUCGCGCCAAGCUGGUCUUCGCCACUGCUACUACCGAUGAUGACUGUCUCCCCGGGCGAGCCAGUGAGGUGCCAAAUAUCGUUUUUCAGCGCAUUCCGGUGCCCACUUCCCUGGACGGUGACACCCCUGGAGUGACUCCUGCGGAGACCUACGAGAACCGCUGGGUCAACGCCAGGUUCCCAUACAGCGGAGCCUUCAAAGUCUGCUACAUGGAUCUCUCUGGAGCGGCAGCAUGGCGACUAGCAGCGGCUCCUUUCGACGUGGUGGGCACCGGUGCCAACAGCUUCGAGUUCUGGUGCCUGGAUGAUGUGACGGUUGACUGCACCCUUCAGAUCGCUGGGCUGGGCAUGAAGACCAACUGGUACCUCACCGUUGUUCCAGUCAACGGUGUGUGUGGCGCCAUCGACUAUGCUGGCUCCUUUGGCCAGAACGUUUCCGUGAUCACGUCAGAGGCUGGUAGCGAGUCCUCAGCCACGCACAGCCUGGGUCCUCCAGUGAGUGCCGGUGCUGGCACGUUCGCUGUAUGCUUCUGCCCUGGGUACAAUGCAGACAGCUCGGCCGCCUCCUGCACAGCGUCCGAGGACUUCGUGCAGCUCACCGGUAUCCUCUUCGUGACGGAAGCUGUGCCAGUCCAGAAUCCGCAUCCUCAGCUCCGCUUCACCCUUCGGGUACACUGCGGCAGCACCACUGAAGGGGGCUGCCCGGCCACAACAGAGCCCAGGAUCAAGAUUGUCGAUGCGGCUUCCAGCAACAAUCGCCCAGCUUUUGAUACCCUCAGCGGCUGCCGGGCUGCAGCCCAGUCAGCCAGCUAUAUGUCCCCGGAGAACUGUGCCAGCCCCACACGCUGCACGCUGCCUCCCGCUGUGGCCAGCAGCACGGUGCCAGAGUGGGCGAAUCUCAGACUCUUCCCGACAUUCGAGAACCAAGCGCAGAAGCCCAUGCUCUACGACGUCUGCUUGUGCCUGGGCUCCUGCGACCAGUCGGCGAACUGGUUCAAGGCGGGAAGCCUACAGACCUCCGUCAUCCAGGUUUUGCCGCAGCCGACUGUGGCCAACAAGGUUCUGGAUCUGCAGCUGCUGGGCACGCAGGGUGGUUGGUCACAGGCCACUGGAUCUGCGCCGGAACUGAAAUUCCUGGAGGAUGACGAAGGGGUGUUUGGCGCUUCAGAGUGCUUCUCACGCACACAAAGCUUGCAGAGCUUGGCCGGUCACUUCUGUCUGACCAGCACCGACUGCAAGGCUCCGACAUCAAGCGGGACAGACGGCCAUGUGUGGGAGGAUGUCCGCUUUCUCUUUGCAGGUAUGUACGCCGUGUGCUACUGCGAGCAGCAGUGCCGUAGCCCUGUGCAGUGGAGCCUCUUGGAGUGGAAACUCGUCGAAGGCCCUUCGAGGCACCACAGCUGGCAGCGCUAUCGGGGUCUUCUCUUCGACCUGACGCUGAGUGGUUUUGGGCUUGGUGCUGCGAAUCGUCUGGCUGCCUUUCCUGAUGGGCGAGAAGGCAGCUGCGGUGGUCCGGCCGUGGCUGCCCAGGUCUCUGUCCCGGACACAGCGCCCCAGCAGCUCGGGGACGCCUCCGGCGGUGGCCUGCUGUCGCUGACUCGCACUUACGACGGCCUUCUGGUGAGUUGCAGUCAGCCUCAUGGGCUGACCGGUACCACGGAGUUUGUCAGUUUCUCGGGGGUGACCAGCUCCAACUGUGACUACUGCGCUGGGACUGUCAAUGCGAGGCCCCACCGAGUCAUCCGCUUGCCGUCCUCCACGCAGUUCGUCCUCGCGCUGGAAUACUCUGGCACCUUCCCUCAAUUUGGGCUCUCCGGAGCCAUGUGGUGGCGGUCAAACGAAGCCACAUGGCAGGACUUGGUGGCGAUGUCUCCCGGAGUAGUGUCGGUUUGUUGGAGCGCCACGGCGUCAGGGUCGCUGACCGACUUUGCCUCGUUCGCCGGUCGCCUUGAAAUUCUAGAGGCACCCCUCUUCGGCGCGACAGUGUAUCCCACGGCGCUGGAAGAAGGCGUGUCUGCACCGAUGGUUGUGGCGUUCACGACCCAGAACCAUGCAAGAUAUUCUGUGGAGCUCGGCGAGAGUCGUCUGCGCCUGCGCUUUCCGCAUCUUUCACUGCUGAAGCCCGCAGGGCCCGAAGGCUCUUCAAGCGCAGUGACUGUGGCAGACGCCACACAAAGCAGCUGUGGCCGCAUCCUCCGCGAGAUCUGGUCUGAGGAUGCGGACGGCUUUCCAAUGCCAAAGGGCUGUGCGUACGAGCACGAUGCUACCAGCGGCACAGACUUCCGCGAGGUGUCUCUCAUUUUCUCUGCCCGCAGUGGCCUCAAGCCCUCCACAUCCUACCAACUGGUUCUCGAUUUCGUGGCCUUCGCAGCAAGUUCGGCCUCUGCAGCGAAACCUCCGGAGGGACUCCUGCAGCUGUGGGCUAUGGAUGACCUCACUGCGAAGCCGUUUGGAGUCAUCGAGUACGCGCCCGCUUGGCUCGAGGAGGAAAUUCUUACAGGUGCCACUGGCUCGGCACCCCGCUUCCACGUGGCAGGGGGUGCCGAGAUCGUUGAGGAAGGAGGCAGCGAUGUGAUUGACCUCGCUGCACAAGGUAACACUGCCAGCAUCGGUUUCAGGCUUCGUGCAGAAGCCGGUGCCAACAUCGUGACUGGCGGACGACUGCACAUUUUUUUCUGGCCUCUGACACAGUGGCACCUGAACGAAGCCUGCGCUGCUGAGUGCCUGCCAUUCCUCGGGACGGCAUGUGCUGCCCCGGCCUGUGCAACACAGGUGUUGGCCACGCGGCGUUGCUCCUUGAGACUGGUGUUUGGAGACAUGGAACCCAUCACCGAGACCGUCCAGCACACCGUUCGGCUGGUGUCCUUGGUGCCGCCUCCCGGCGGCUUUUUUGCGGCAGCCGCGGGAGCUGAGCUCCGUUCCUCCAGUGGCAUGGAGCCGAGCUACCGCACCACCACAGGUGCACUGCUCUUCGCACCACCUUCAGCAGCCGGUUCGGUCAUGGCCGGCCUGGGCGAGGACCAUCCCUUCCGCGGCGAUCGCCAAAACAACAUCUUCCUGAGGCUCGUCUUCGGCGCCUCAGUCUUCGGUGGCGCCUCUGCUGCGGCCCCAGGUGGGGCCGGUGCUGCUGCGGCCUCCCCGGGCUUCGAGGUGGACCUGUGCAGCUGCCUCCGGGCUAUGCUUGCACCCAGGCUGCAAGGCCGUGGCAUGUCUGCCAGAAAGCGGAUGUUGCGCGUCUACUGGGCUUCGGGCAAACUCGCCCUGGCUCUCGAGCCCGAGGAGUUCGCACGCGUCGCAGCAGGGCCUUCCCCAGUUCGGGGCCUCAAAGAGCAUCUGCAAAGUCAGUGCAAGAGGUCUAGAUUCAGGCAGCGCCUGCUUCGUGAUGGUGCUCUCUUGGGCGAGGACGCCACCCUCGAAUUGCCACUAGAGCUCCAGCUUGUGAUUCUCCCAUUUAGCCAUGCCACGGACCUACAGAUCACUGAGCUACGACGCGCCGUCGAACGCGAUCAACUUCAGGAGGUGGAGGCCAUCCUACAGCGGCCACAGGAUGCAGAUCUCUCUGUUGCCCGCGACUGGACCACAGCAUUGCACGUGGCAGCAGAGCAUGGCUUUGUGGCAGCCGCGAGGCUGUUGCAAGAGGCUUGCGCAGACGUCGACAGGCCGGACAUUGUGGGGUCCACACCCCUGCUCGUGGCGGCCAAAAACGGCCACCUGAGCAUGGCACGCUGGCUGCUGGAAGCACGGGCAGACCUGAAUGCCAAGUGCUUUGCUGGAGGGAACGGGGCGAACGGCGGCCCCGGCCGCUCCUUUGGGCCCACGCCGCUCUUUAUGGCGGCCUUGACUGGGCGCCUUGAGGUCGCUCGGCUUUUGUUGGAUGCCCGGGCGGACAAAGAGAAGUCCGAGGCCCACUCCACCCCGCUCUUCGUGGCAUCACAGCAGGGACACAGAGAGCUCGUACAGCUUUUGCUCGAAGCCAAUGCCAACAAAGACAGCACCAACGAGGAAGGCGCGACCCCUCUGCUGAAGGCUGCGGAGCGUGGGCACGCGGACGUGGCCAGGCUCCUCCUCGAGGCUGGUGCGAGCAAGGACAAGGCCGACUGUUCCGGGUCAACUCCUUUGUUCGUGUCCUGCGUGGCCGACCGAUUGGAGGUGGUGCGACUUCUGCUGGCAUUCGGAGUUGACAAGGAUGCUGAGAACAAGUACGGGGACACGCCAUUUUCUAUUGCAUGCCGCUGCGGCCACAUGAGUAUCGCAGACCUGUUGAGGGAGAGCGGUAUCGAUGCAGGUUCUGCGGCGCCCGAGGAGCUUGAUUCUUACAUGACUUCUCGGGCGAUGCCAGAAGCUCCGCAGGGUCGGGGCGACAUUGGCCUUGAUCCGCAGAUCGAUGGCUAUUGGCUUUACAGCGGACGUUUCUGCAUGUACGUGCUUCGCUCGUACGGUGUGGUGUACGCCGGCAGUGCCAUUGUCCUGAAGGUGGUGGUCAACAAUCCCAUCUUCGCACUGCCCCGACGUGACCCACAGAACGUUUGGACCCUGAGGCUGCGGGGCAGCACAGCCCCCCUGGCCGCAGCUACGACCGCUCUGCCUCGGACUGGAGCACUUGCCGCUCUGGCGGAUGUCUCGGAAAGGCUCAGGAAAAAUGUUCCGGUCCUGGGGGUGCUCAGAGAUGCCACGGUCACGCCUCAGUUCUUCGGAGCCGGCAUCACCAGGAACUGGCUCUCCGUGUUUUUCACGGCCGAGCAGGGCGGGCCUGGCAAUGGUGGGGCAGUCGAGCUCCGGGUGCCUGAGGGCUUCAGCUUUCCACCCAGCUGCCUCACUCAGCCACUGCCGGCUUUCCACUAUGCCACGCCUUCUGCGCAGCUCGCUGGGACGGCUGCUCUGCGCUCCACUGCGCCACUGGCUGUGCGGCGUUGCCGGGUCGGAGGUUUGCCCAACAUCGCUGAGGUGACGCUGCCCAGCAGUGCACGGAUUGCAGCUGGCAGCACCUACGGCUUCGAAAUCCAAGUCUUCAAUGCGGUGCAGUACAGCGUCGGGCAGCAGGAUGGAUUUAGGCUGACGACUCGGAGCGCUGCAGGUGACGACAUGGAUGCGACGUAUCACACCAUCCGGUACGUUGCCAGCGACACCGAAGGUCCUGGCACAUCUUUCGGAGUCUAUCAAGAGCCGAUGCCCGCAGGCUCCUUUGUUCUGUCCUUCGACAGCAUGCUGCCAUACUCGGAGAGUGGCUUAGCCACUCGAGUGGUCGUCUUCCCUUUGAAGGUGCCCUUCGACUCUCUGGAUCCCGUGACCUGGCGACUGGUGGCCCCGCUGGGCUUCAUUUGGGACUUCCGGCCGGCAGAGUUCUUGUAUCGGCGGCAGGACAUACUCGGCGUCACAGCCGAUUUGCCACUGGAAACAGCACCCGCCUCUCCAUCAACGGAGCCUUUGGCCAUCCUGGCGGUGGUCAACAACUUCCAAGGAAACUGGGAUCGGACGCAGACCUACGGCUUGGUGGCCAGGAUCCGCGUGCCGGAUGGCACACCACUUGCCUCCAGCAACGUCUUCCUGUUGGAGUUCGGCUACGAGGCCACGACUGCGGCGGGGCGCCGGGCUGCGGCCAGCGCCCCCGCACCACAGGUCAGGGCCUUGGUGAACUUUCACGUGGACUACUUCCGCACCUCCCUGGCGGGACAGCAGAAUGUUCUCAUGGUCCAGUUCCAGUCCAUCACAGCUCUGCCGGUUGGUGGCAGCUUACUUCUGGAUUCGCCGGCCGGCUUCGCGGUUGAGGAGAGCUGCGCAUUGCAAGCUGCGGCCGUGGAGCUCCCGUACCAGGACUUGGCUUCAACCAGCGCUGCUCUCCUUUGCAGCGCUUUUGUCCCAGCCACGACGCAACGGCCACAGGUCACCCUGCGAGUGGUCACUGGUGAGGUGUCGGCGGGGCCCUAUGUCAUGGCCUUGGCAGCCCGGAAUCCGCUGGUCCCGGAGCUGGGAGGCCUGGUGUGGCGACUUUCCAGUUUCACCAAUGCUGUCGAUGCGGAGGUGGCAGACCUGGGCUCGACAGUGGAAGGCUUCCAAGUGGAGUCGAUGAUGAACUUCGGUGGCCUCCUGGGUCCCGAAAGUGGCGUGAAUCCUGCAACCACGGGACGCGACGAUCACCCUGGCCAGGUGACCAACGUCAUUCUGGCCUUCGAGCUCGCCUCCACGCCCACCGGGGCCGGCGAGUCGACGCUGACAGUCAAGGCGCCGACCGGCUUCAGCUUCCCGGCGCUCUGCACUGUGGUAGUGACGGGAGAUGUCUUUGGACCGGGCGCGCUGAUCCCUCUGGCAUUCUCGGCUUUCGAGGCCUCUGCCGUAGUCAGCACCUGCGAAGGCGGGGGCCGGACGGCGCGGCUGUCUGUGGCUCCGGGGUUGAUCCGAAAUCGUCGUUACGUGAUGCGGCUUCAGGGCGUAAAUGGCGAGGAGACUGCAGAACAGAACCUCUGGACCAUCAGCUUCGCGGGCGAAGCAACUGAGCCCUUUGAGGGCUACCGGCUUUGGCGCUUCACUGAGGUUGCGGUGUUGCCAGAUGCAACAGCGCGAUCAACACCCGCCGAGGAGACACGCAACAAUGUAACACUACGCUUCCGCACGACGAGCGCAGUGACAUCCGCCGGCUUCGUUGCGCUUCAGGCACCUUUCGGCUAUGUCUUCCCCACGCUUUGCCAAGCCACGUUGCAAGAGCUGGACGCCGCGGACAUCCCGAUCGCUGGCGGAGUCGUUUCCUGCAGAGGCACGCCCCUCCCGGGACCGACGGCAGCCCUCCACCCCGUCGGGUCCUCCAUGCUCGCGGCAUUGGUGAAAUAUCAACUGAAUGUGGUCGUUCAGAAUCCCACUGUCAUCGCCUUGGAGGCCGGGACGUGGCAGAUUCAAAGCUAUGCCACGAAGGAGGCCGACUAUAGCAACCUGCUGGACAUUGGUGAGGCUCCUGGCUUUCACCUCACCGAAGUUUUUCACACACUUCGGAUCAUCUACCCUCUUGCCACGCCUUCCACGAUUGACGAGCUGGAGCUCAGAAUGCAGAUCCUCCUCUCCACAUCGCUGGAGAUCGGCGAUGUCCUGGAGAUCGUAGCUCCCGACGGCUACGAUGUCACCGGCAACAGCACGUCUGAGUUCGACAACCUGCAGAGGGCAUGCAACAAGUUCCGCCAGUGGUCAGCAGCUGCACUGCCGAUACCUACUUGCGACAUCCGGGUCGUGCACUUCGAGUUCGCCACCACAGGCCUUGCCGUUGUCGACGUCCCGGGCGCGCAGGCGCUAACUCCUCUGAUGGACUUCAGUGUGACAUCUUUGUACCCACGAAAGACGCUCAGUGUUCAGGCCACCACGUUCCAUGGCGAGCAACGACGGGGCACCGCUGUGGUCUCCGCCAAGACGGUGCCCGGGCAGCUGGUGACUCCACGGCUGCUGGAGAUUUCGGUUGUCCGUGCCGAUGCUUUUGUGGCUGUCCAGAGCCUCGCCUCGCUGCAGCUGACCUUCCGUGUGAGUCAGGAUGCGCAGGCACUGCACAUCACCACGGAAGUCCAGGACGCCGCAAGCCAAGCCGAGCCCUUGCGAUUCGACUUUGCUGCCGCCACUGCGAUUGUCGUGGGCACGGAGGUGAGCCAAGUGAUUCGAAGCAAUGCAUCGCUGCUCUUGCACAUGGCUCUGGAGCAGGGACGUGGCUACAGCUUGACGCUCGGAUCAGUUGCAAAUCCCUCCACUCCGGGGACAGCAUUGUGGACACUGACGAGCUAUGUACUGGCAGAGGACGGCUCCUUGAACUUGGCUGAUCCGCGGGAUAGGUCGGUCAACUUUGCGGGGCCUGUGACGCUCAAUCGCUUGAGCAUCGAUCCUUCGUCCACAAGCCUCACCGAUCCUUUCUUCGAUAUCGUCAACACGGAGCUGAGCCUGUCUUUCGUGGCCUUUCCUCGCGUAGUAACUGGCGGGCAAUUCCUCGUCCUCUCUGCCCCGGCCGACUUCGCCUUCCUCGAGAAGAGCUUCAGCCCAGGAGAAGGAUUCCCGCUGAUCUCUGGGCAAGUUGCAGUUGUCGAGCUGGAGGGUAGCCGGCCCAGCUAUGCCGUGCAGAUUCUUUCGCCGAUCCUGCCAAGCCAAGCCGUGAAGUUCUCGGUCAGGCCGGGCGUUUCAAGACGGGCGAUUUUUGUUUGCCCUUGGGGCCAAUGUCUUUGGCUUCGGAUGGCUAUGGUGCUGAGAAUCUAUGUUCUGACUUUGCUACAGAUUGUCAGCUCUGCAGCUCUGCUGCGCAGGUGUUCUCGUGCAGCAGGAGAGCACUUUCCUACCAGGGUCCCUUCAUGCCAUACCUGCCCCGCCUAG